CCGGGACCUGCGCGCGCUGUGCGGGGCUACGUCACAUCCGGCGCCAGGGCCCCGUUUCCGGAAGAGGCUGCACAGCGGUGGCGGCUGUUUCUGCCUUGAUGUUUAGUGUCUUUGCUGCCGGAGCCUCGGAAUACACGGCAGCAUCAUGGUCGAGGAGGUACAGAAACAUUCUGUGCAUACACUGGUGUUCAGGUCAUUGAAGAGGACCCAUGACAUGUUUGUAGCUGACAAUGGAAAACCUGUGCCUUUGGAUGAAGAGAGUCACAAACGAAAAAUGGCAGUCAAGCUACGGAAUGAGUAUGGUCCUGUGCUGCACAUGCCUACUUUGAAAGAAAAUUUUAAAGAGAAAGGUCCUCAGAAUGCAUCAGAUUCAUAUGGUCAUAAACAGUAUCCUGCAAAUCAAGGACAAGAAGUUGAAUAUUUGGUGACAGGUACCCAUCCCUAUCCAUCAGGACCUGGGGUUGCUUUAACAGCAGAUACUAAGAUCCAAAGAAUGCCAAGUGAAUCAGCUGCACAGUCCUUAGCUGUAGCAUUACCUCCUUCUCAGGCCAGGGUUGAUGCCAAUCGUGCUGCACCUGCUGUAGGCUCUGACCGUUCGCAGCCUGCAGGGAUGACUUUGGCUGUUAUGGAGGGUGGCAAUGCCAAGAACUCUGCACUCAUGGCAAAGAAGGCCCCGACAAUGCCAAAACCCCAGUGGCACCCACCGUGGAAACUCUACAGGGUGAUCAGUGGGCAUCUUGGCUGGGUUCGAUGUAUUGCUGUGGAACCUGGAAAUCAGUGGUUUGUUACUGGAUCUGCUGACAGAACUAUAAAGAUCUGGGACUUGGCUAGUGGCAAAUUAAAACUGUCAUUAACUGGGCAUAUUAGUACAGUUCGUGGUGUGAUAGUAAGCGCAAGGAGCCCAUACCUGUUUUCCUGUGGAGAAGACAAACAGGUCAAAUGCUGGGAUCUUGAAUAUAAUAAGGUUAUAAGGCACUAUCAUGGACAUCUGAGUGCAGUGUAUGGUCUGGAUUUGCACCCAACAAUUGAUGUGCUGGUAACCUGUAGUCGUGAUUCAACUGCACGGAUUUGGGAUGUGAGAACUAAAGCCAGUGUACAUACAUUAUCUGGACAUACAAAUGCAGUUGCUACAGUGAGGUGUCAAGCUGCAGAACCACAAAUUAUUACUGGAAGCCAUGACACUACAAUACGAUUAUGGGAUUUGGUGGCUGGAAAAACAAGAGUCACAUUAACAAAUCACAAAAAAUCAGUGAGAGCUGUGGUGUUACAUCCAAGACAUUACACAUUUGCAUCUGGUUCUCCAGAUAACAUAAAACAAUGGAAAUUCCCUGAUGGAAGUUUCAUUCAAAAUCUUUCUGGUCAUAAUGCUAUUAUUAACACAUUGACAGUAAAUUCUGAUGGAGUGCUCGUAUCUGGAGCUGACAAUGGAACCAUGCAUCUUUGGGAUUGGAGAACUGGCUAUAAUUUCCAGAGAGUUCAUGCAGCUGUGCAGCCUGGGUCUUUGGACAGUGAAUCAGGAAUAUUUGCUUGUGCUUUUGAUCAAUCUGAAAGUCGGUUACUAACGGCUGAAGCUGAUAAAACUAUUAAAGUGUACAGAGAGGAUGACACAGCGACAGAAGAAACUCAUCCAAUCAGCUGGAAACCAGAAAUUAUCAAGAGAAAGAGAUUUUAAUAUGACCUUUUCAUGGCGUUUUUUUUUGUUUUGUUUUUAUUUUUGUUUUUGUUUUUAGCUUGGUGGAUAUCCAGUCAUUUUGUGCUCUGGCUAGCAAAAACUCAAACAUGUUUGAAUCAUUGCUGCUUCAUAUUUUACAAUAAAAUGUACUGUCUCCCC